AGAAGUUUUAAGAAGGUAGAGAAGUAAAGCCCUCACGAUUUCAUCAAGUGAGGGCACUUUUUGGGAGUGGUCAACAAGUUAGGGCAACAUUGUUUCCACAACCAUUUUCAAGAACUCUAAAUCAAGAAACCAAGACCAAGAAGAGGAAUGUGUGCUUGGAAUAUUGACAUUCUUGAAUAGGAGCAAAUAAUUUCCUUCAAAUUUUCCUGGCAUAGCUAGUCACUCAUUAUUCUUUCUUCUAUACGUCCUUGUAUUCUUCUCUUUGGGGUCUAAUCAACUAUUUUAAGUGAGGAGCACUGAUGCCUUCUAGUGAAAUGGCUGUAAUGGGAAAAACCAUAAUGAUUUUAAGGCUAACAGGCAGGGUUUUACAUGAUGCAGUGAGCUUCAUUGUCUUCUCUCUUCUAGACAUCCUUGAUCUCAUUCUAUGUUUUGCAUUCAAAGCUGUGGACUUCAUCAUUGAAGCUGAAUGGAAACCUUGUUAUUGUACCUCAGCUAAAGAAGCCAUCACAAGUAGCGGCAAGAUCUUGGUCUCUGAACAAGGUGAGUCCAAGAUUGUUUUCCUUACUUCUACCAAGUUAGGGUUAGAAGAGAUCUCAGACACUCUUUACACUCGUCCUUCAUUAGUGUCUGAGAUUUCAAAAUCAACCGUAAAUGAGCUCAAGAGAUUCAAGGUGGAGGAUAAGUCCAGUACUGUCACUGUACAAUCAUCCGAGAAGAAUAUCAAGAAAGGAACUACGAGAUCCACAUUCACUGUUAACUCUACCAUUGUUGGAAUGCUUCGAGGGAAGAUUGGAGGCCAACAAUUAUAUCCCACUUCAAGAUGGUCUGAUUGUGAUUGCAAGUCUUGCACCUCGUGGACAACUUCUAGCAAAGAAACCCUCUUCGUUAGAGCUGAAGGACCUAAAGAUAAGGCAAAAGAAGAUGUCCUCUUCGUUCAUGGAUUCAUUUCAUCUUCAGCAUUUUGGACGGAAACAUUAUUUCCAAACUUCUCAAAUUCAGCUAAAUCAACCUACCGACUGUUUGCCAUUGAUCUACUAGGGUUUGGGAGGAGCCCUAAGCCAGCUGACUCCCUUUACACAUUAAGAGAGCAUCUGGACAUGAUUGAACAAUCCGUUCUUGAACCAUACAAAGUCAAGUCCUUCCACAUUGUUGCUCAUUCUUUAGGCUGUAUUUUGGCCCUGGCACUUGCCGUAAAACACCCUGGCUCGGUCAAGUCCCUGACCCUCCUUGCACCGCCAUAUUACAAAGUACCAAAAGGUGUACCAGCAGCACAGCAUGUGAUGAAACAAGUGGCUCCAAGGCGUGUGUGGCCACUAAUUACGUUUGGUGCAUCAAUUGCGUGCUGGUAUGAGCACAUCACCAGAGCAGUUUGCCUUGUCAUCUGCAAAAAUCACCGGCUGUGGGAGUUUCUUACAAAACUAGUCACACGAAACAGGAUGAAGACGUUCUUGAUUGAGGGGUUCUUUUGCCACACCCACAACGCUGCAUGGCAUACCCUACACAACAUUAUAUGUGGCACCGGCAGCAAGCUUGAUGGGUACUUGGAUUCAGUCCGUGACCACCUCAAAUGUGAUGUCAAUAUCUUCCAUGGCAAAAAUGAUGAGCUUAUCCCAGUUGAAUGUAGCUACAAUGUUCAGCAAAAAGUCCCUCGGGCUCAGGUGAAGGUGAUCGACAAUGAAGAUCACAUCACAAUUGUUGUUAAUAGACAGAAGGUCUUUGCUAGGGAACUUGAAGAAAUCUGGAGGGGAGGAGACCGAGUGGUUAAUUAAGACCCUCGUCUUGCUCAAGCUCGAUCAAAUUAAUUAAGUCCCCACAUAAAUAUUUCCUGUCAAAAUUGGGUAUAAUUAAAUUCUCUAAGAUUGGCAGGUUCUACAUUUACUGCUACUUCAGGCACUUUGAAGUCUCUCAGCUGGCGUGAUGCAUGAUCGUUGUAGCGAAUUUGAUGAGAUAAAGGCAAGUGAAUUAAAUAUCUCUUGGCAACAAAUCUUGUUGUUGUAUGUUGCUUGGCAAAGUUCACAUUCUUACAAGAUUUAA